UCCGUCCUGCGCGCCGCUUUCUCGGAUUGGGAUCCCCGCUGCAGACCGGCUGCGCUCCGGACCGUUUGGUGACUCCGAAGGGAUUAACGAGCCCCUGAGACUCCGCGCUUCUCCUUUGACGCUCCUUUUUUUUUGGCUGAAAAAACCCCGGACUGACUUCAACCAUCCGAGCCACAUUCACUUGAUUCGACGACACCUGGACCUCUACUGAUGGAACAGGGUCACUCCAAUAUUCUCCUGCAGCCGCCCAACACCACGUAACAUUUCCUGGAAGUGUCCACUGCCGGCGUCCAACAAACAUGGACUGUUUUCCCAUGCUUUAUUUUCUGUCGAGACAUCAUGAUUCCUGGUAGUCGAAUGCUGAUGGUCAUUUUAAUAUGCCAAGUCCUGCUGGGAGAAAGCAACCAUGCUAGUCUGAUACCUGAAGAAGGGAAGAAGAAAGUGCCAGGCCUGCAGGGUCGUUCGGCCGCUCAGAGCCAUGAACUGCUGCGGGACUUCGAGGCCACGCUGCUGCACAUGUUCGGCCUCAAGAGGCGGCCGAGGCCCAGCCGCUCCACCACGGUACCUCGCUACCUGCUGGACCUGUACCGGCUCCAGUCCGGGGAGGCAGAGGAGACGGGAGCUUACGACAUUCCUUUCGAGUACCCGGAGAGGUCGGCCAGUCGAGCCAACACUGUAAGGGGCUUCCACCAUGAAGAACACAUGGAGCAGGUGCAUGAGGUGGGCGAAGGAGACGCCGCGCCGCUUCGCUUCCUGUUCAACCUCAGCAGCAUCCCGGAGGACGAGCUGCUCUCUUCGGCCGAGCUGAGACUCUACCGCCACCAGAUCGAGGAGGCCGUGGCAGACGCCCUCUCAGACCAGCAGGCGCUGCACCGCAUCAACGUGUACGAGGUGUUGAAGCCUCCCCGGCCCGGGCAGCUAAUCACGCAACUCCUGGACACGCGGCUGGUGCGCCACAACAUGUCGCGCUGGGAGAGUUUCGACGUCAGCCCGGCGGUGCUGCGAUGGACGCGCGAGCGCCUCCCCAACUACGGUCUAGCCGUGGAAGUGCUUCACCUCAACCAAACGCCGCGUCACCAGGGCAAACACGUGCGCAUUAGCCGAUCUCUACACCAGGAGCCCGGUGAGGACUGGGAGCAGCUACGCCCUCUUCUGGUUACAUUUGGACAUGACGGGAAGGGUCACCCGCUGACCCGCAGGACCAAGCGCAGCCCCAAGCAGCGGGGCCGCAAGCGCAGCCGUAACUGUCGUCGCCACGCACUGUACGUAGACUUCAGUGAUGUGGGAUGGAACGACUGGAUUGUUGCGCCCCCUGGCUAUCAGGCCUACUUCUGCCACGGGGAAUGCCCCUUUCCUCUGGCGGAUCACCUGAACUCCACCAACCACGCCAUCGUUCAGACACUGGUGAACUCUGUGAACAACAACAUUCCCAAGGCCUGCUGCGUGCCGACGGAGCUCAGCGCCAUCUCUAUGCUCUACCUGGACGAACACGACAAGGUGGUCCUGAAAAACUACCAGGAGAUGGUCGUGGAGGGCUGCGGCUGCCGCUGACACUCUCACUAACUCGGACUUGAAAAAAAGCAAAAAACAAGACACUCAAAACAACCUAGAAGGUCUUUACUCCUAAAAAAUGUUCACUUGGACCCUUAUUUAUAACUUUUAUGUUGAGGUGUAUGUUUGUCUCACUUUUUUUUGUUCCUUUGACAAUAUGAUCAUAUAUUUUGACAAAAAUAUAUAUAUUUAUAUCUACGUAUUAAAAAUAAAUUGAGUCCUUAUUUUAAACAUUAAAAAAAAGCUGUACAACAUUUUGUGAUGUAUUAGAUGGUACGUUUUUUUAAAGAGAAAAAACGGUUUAAAAACACACACAGAAAGUCCUCUUUUAUUUGGUAUUAUUUAUUGCUUGGCAUUAUAUUCUCAAGGAAAAUAAAAGGAUGAAUUGCCUUCCAGUCACAGCUUCAAACACUCACGCUAUUUUUUUGGUGGCUAAUGGGCUUUUUCUUUGAGUCCUGCUGACAUCACUGCAGGAUUUACUCCAGGCGGAGUGUGCGUGGUUGACUUUACAUCUGUUUUUGACGGCACCUGCGUGAAAUAAACACAAGCCUCAUAAGUGAUUCUAUAAAUUAUAGAAUUAAAUGAGUUUUUUGUUGCACUGUUAUUGACUUAAAGAACUGCAACAGACAGAAAAAUGAUCAAACAUCACCUUCCGUUUGGCCUUUAUUGUUCUCAAAUUUCACUUUCAUGUCAAUUAGGCUAACAUGUGGUUGGACACUUGCUAAUCCAAUUGCAGUCGAGGCAGGCUGUCGAAUGCGGGGUGGAGGGGUGACUCUAUUGUUCCUGACGUCCCCACGUUGGGGGCAUUGCGGGCGACGUGUCCUGCCCCGUUACGAGGCGGCUGAGUCCUCAGAAGAAUCAAAGGUUAGACGCUCUGUCUCCUGCCUUUGUCUUCAGCAGCUCAUGUCAGUAGAGCAAAGACGCCUGUCUCCAACCUGCGCCCCAGCACACAAUAGGCUCCUACAUCACUUAUUUACAAGCUGACGGCUGGCCUGAAUUGUAUGAUAAUGUUUGGAGGGAGCUGCUCCUUUGAACUGUCAGGGGCUGUCGUUGGCAGAUGAGCAUUGUCUCACCGAGGGCCCCGUACCUCUGGACCUAAUUGGUCAUGAUAUUGAAGCACCGGCCAUUUUAAAGACACCACAACCUGUGCGAUGAGAGAUGUCCUGUAAUGACAAGUCUGGUUCGCUGUUUUUCCUUUCCUGGACCGGAGCAUGUGCAGGCCCGAGGGCCCGCUGACGGCCGGUGGGCUUCUCUUUGAUGCUGGCGUAUCAGUGUCAGACAAAAAAAAGAGGGAAGGAGGAGAAGAAUUUCAUUUUGAAGUGGCUGAAGGCAGAAGAAAGGGGUGGGAGGUACAUGUAUGUGUGUGUUCAGGGACAAGGGGCAGGACUGUGGGCCGGGGGGGUCUUAACUUGACAGUGCAAUUACAACAUUUUAACUGAUCUCCCCCUGAAGUUGGAGAUAGCAUCAGCUAGUUAUGGUAAUUGUCUGCCUCUUCAUUAGCCCACACAAAGAGGGGACGCAUGUUCAAUUGACGCUCCAGAGAGGGACGUUUGCUGAGGCACUAGUGAGUCAACCAUGCAGCACUCAGAGUCUGUGAGGCCCUGGGGCCACAUGCAGCCAUCACGGAGUCAGGUCAAACCCACCGUUGUACUGGAAAAAAAUCCUUUCCCAGAGCUAUCAAUUGCAAUACAGAAACAUUUUUUCAUCCUAAAAUAUUUCAAUAGUGAAUAUGUCCAUAAAAGAAAUCUAUUAUUUUAAAAAUAAAACUCAUACAUAAUUACACAUUUCCCUAUUUCCUCCUUGCUUUUUAACAGUUUAGCCACAAAAUUGAAGCUAUAUUUAAUACCCUUUCUUCUGUCCUUAUGGCUUGAUAACGCCCCCCACCACGGUCACUACAUGUAAUGUGGCACCUGAAGAGGUUAAACUGCC